AUGGCAGGUACAUUUGGAAAUCCAGAAGUCGUUGAAGAAGAAAUAGAUAUUCUCAUCAUCGGUGGUGGUAUGGGCGCAUGUGGUGCGGCCUACGAAUUAGGUCCUUGGAUGGAUCAGGCAAAAGCACAAGGCGUCGACAUUAAAGUUCGUCUUGUCGACAAAGCAGCAAUGGAUCGUUCAGGUGCUGUUGCACAGGGUCUUUCUGCGAUCAACACCUACAUCGGUGACGAAAACGAUCCAGCAGAUUAUGCACGCAUGGUGUCAAACGAUCUCAUGGGCAUUACCCGUGACGAUUUGGCUUACGACCUAGGUCGUCACGUCGAUGACUGUGUACACCUUUUCGAAGAAUGGGGUCGAUUCCUGGAAAACCCAGGGACGAUCGGCGACCCGGGGCGGCAAAUUAGAUUACUCAUUGAAGGUGGCAAGCCAGUCCGUUCAGGAAAAUGGCAGAUCAUGAUCAACGGUGAAUCCUACAAGUGGAUCGUCGCUGAAGCUGCUAAGAAAGCACUGGGUAUGGACAACAUCACCGAGCGUGUUUUCAUCGUUAAAUUGGUCAACGACAAAAAUCGUCCUAACCAAGUAGCGGGUGCGGUGGGUUUCUCCGUACGUGAAGACAAAGUCUUUGUUUACAAAUUCAAGUGCUGUUUAUUGGUCGCGGGUGGUUGUGUCAACAUCUUCCGUCCACGUUCAGUCGGUGAAGGUCAAGGCCGUGCAUGGUAUCCCGUAUGGAAUGCUGGCUCGACUUACUCAAUGGCCGCUGAAGCGGGCGCUGAGUUAACCCUCAUGGAAAAUCGUUUCGUACCCACACGUUUUAAAGACGGAUACGGCCCCGUAGGCGCAUGGUUCUUACUCUUCAAAGCCAAAGCAACCAAUGCCUUUGGUGAAGUGUACAUGGAUCGCAACGCAGACAUGCUCAACGACUAUCCUCCGUAUGGCCAAGCAGCCGUACCCGCUUCUUGUCUACGUAAUCACUUGAUGAUGAAAGAGAUGAAAGAAGGUCGUGGUCCAAUCUACAUGGACACCGUGACGGCACUGGCUAAUCUACGUGAAGAACUUUCGCCAAAGGAAGUAAAGCAUCUAGAAGCAGAAGCAUGGGAAGACUUCCUUGACAUGUGUAUCGGUCAAUGUGGUAUUUGGGUAGGAGAGAACAUCGAACCUGAGAAGAAAAACUCAGAAUUGAUGCCGACUGAACCGUACCUCUUAGGCUCACACUCAGGCU